UAAACAUACUUAAGACUCUCUCAUUUGUAUUACAAAUUUAGUUAUAUCUGAGCCGUCUCUUAGUUCUGUUCGUGUAUAUUUUUCUAUAAAGUAGAGCGGAGGAGUGGUAAAGUUGCACCGCUCCCUGCUCAAUUCCCGCUCCGAGAUGUCACCCGCACCAGCCCUGGUUGCCGGCGACACGCUUUGUGAAAUCUUCAAUCCUUCGGGCAUCCUGAUUCUGUUACAAAAUACGGCGUAUAGGUUUCAAGACAAACGUCAUAAGACAAAGACCAAAAAAACAAGAGAGGGCGCUCUGCCAGUAGAGCGAGAGGUCGGCGAACAGCCACCCAACCUGAAUAUUAGUGAUGUCAUCGACGCGAUAUCGAGGGCGGACCCGCUGUUCGGCGCGGGCGUAGAAAUGCCGCGAUCGCCGGCGCCCCACGCGGGGCAGCCAUUUGUCCGGAUCGUCGAGCAACCAGCCAGCAAGGCCUUAAGGUUCCGAUACGAAUGUGAAGGCCGGUCAGCGGGUUCGAUUCCUGGCGUGAACAGCACGCCCGAAAGGAAAACUUAUCCCACGAUAGAGAUAUGCGGACACAAAGGAUCAGUGGUCGUCGUCGUGUCCUGCGUCACGAGAGAGGAGCCCUACAAGCCGCACCCCCACAACCUGGUGGGCCGGGAGCGAUGCAACAAUGGAGUGUGCACCUUCAAGACGUCCAUCACCGAGGAGAAUCCGCAGGUCUCCUUCAGCAAUCUCGGCAUACAGUGCGUCAAGCGGAAAGACAUCGCAGACGCGCUCAAAGUCAGAGAGGGGCUUCGAGUGGACCCCUUCAGGACGGGCUACAGUCACCGGAAUCAACCUCAAAGCAUCGACCUAAACGCAGUGAGACUUUGCUUCCAAGUCUUUAUCCACGAUGAAAGGAGCGGGAAGAUACGACUCUCGCUACCUCCCGUGGUCUCGGAUGUCAUCUACGACAAGAAGGCUAUGAGUGACCUCGUCAUCAUGCGACUCAGCCAGUGCUCCGACUUCCAUAAAGGAGGAACUGAACUGAUACUUCUCUGUGAAAAGGUGACUCGCGAGGACAUCGCCGUGGUGUUCUUCCAGAAGGAGGGCGAGCACGUGGUGUGGGAGGAGAGCGCCAACAUCGUGCUCGUGCACCGGCAGGUCGCCAUCGCCUUCCACACGCCGCCCUACCGCGACCCCAGCGAGCGGCGACACGUGCAGGUGUACCUCCAGCUGAAGAGGACAUCAGACAACGCAAGAAGCAAUGCCGUACCCUUCGAAUACAUCCCCGAAUACCAAGAUACGAGUUAUUUAAAGCAUAAGAGAUUGAAGACGAUAUCGCCGUCUGUCGCGCAUCAGACUUACGAACAAGACAGAUAUGGAAACGACCAACACAUCAAGUCGGAGCCGAGAGAUAAAACACCCCCUCACCAAAUGAACAGUCCGCUGAGGGUGUUCUCGCCGCCCUACGAAAAUGAACAAAUACAAGAAAACCCCUAUCAGUGGAAUAUGCAAGGGAUUGCCGGGCCCAGUCACCUGAGCUACGGACAGGACAUGCAGUGGAGCCCGAGCUACGUGCAGCUGUCCCCCAGCAUGCAGUCGCAUUCGCCGAACAUGUCGCCUAACUUACAAAUGACUAAUCUCCAGAACAUACAGCCGAACUUGCAAAGCCUCUCGCCGAACAUGCAAUCGAUGCCACCCAUGUCCCCCAACAUGCAAAUGUCCCCGAUGGGACAGGUGAUGCCGUCCAUGGAUAGGAUCUCCCCGAUGACUCACGGCGGGAUGUCCCCGAGCAUGGGGCAGAUGUCGCCCAACAUGGGGCACGUCUCUCCCGGCAUGGGGCACAUUUCUCCUAACUUAAUGCAACAGCAACAGGUGUCGCAGCAGGAGCUGCUGGAGACGUCCGCCAGCGACACGCCGUCGCUGACGCGGCUGCUGAUGGACCGCGGGGACGCCAUGCCGCAGCUCAACUCGGGCGAGCUGUCCGGCCUGUCGUCGCUGCUGGAGCGCGCGCCCGACCUCAGCGACAGCCUCAACCGCCUGUCCACCAGCGACCUGCUGCACUGACGCACCCCGGCGCGUGACCGAUUCGAAUAUACAUUAUGUAGUAUGGCUCUGUGAACUGUAUUGUAGUGAAACUAAGGAACGUUCUGCGAAUUGACCGAGUGGCUCUUGUACGGUUUCUAUACUCAAGAACGAGACUACUGGGUGUGCUGUCUAUGACGCCGAACUUAUACGUGUACUUUCGAACAUUUCAUGAUAUUCUUGACUUUUGGGACUUUAAAUUUUUCCUAGAGUUCAUUAAAAUCUAGAAAUGGCUAACGUUAGUGGUAAAAGUGUAAUGUUUAAUUCGAUACCAAGACUCAUACGAGAGUGUUCCAGUACCAUCUCUAUUCGAUUAGAAAUGACUAUUUGGAUAUUUUUUUUUUUUUUAUAAACCGAAGAAAACAAUAUUAAGGAAAAAAAAUGUAUUUUAAUAUAGAAGUGUGCUACUAAAUCUCAACUUAAUAAUAACUUUGAUCACAAAAAUGCAUAAUAGUAAUAGUUUUUUGUAGUUUUAAUUAAUUAAAAUGUUUUAUAUUAACCAAAAAACACAUUGAACGGCCAAUCGCCAUGUUUUAUGUGUGUUUGUAAAUUGCAUCAAUUUAUUGUAAUGUCUCAUAAAAGAUUUUCCCUUAAAAUGACAUUAUUUAUAUCAUGUCCGUACAUAUAUACAUAUUUUAUUAAUAAUAAAAAAAAUAAACAAAAAAAAAUUAAGUGUUAAGAUGCGCUUCCAUUAAACUAAAAGUUUUGUAAAUUAAUAAUAAAGAUAACAUAUCAAAAUGCAGUCGAUUUUGUAUAUUUUAUACAAACAGAGAAAAACUAAUUAUUCGUAAUGAAAUUGUGUAAAACUAGAUAUGUAUAUAUACAGAUAUAUAUAAAUGUUUUAUUUGUUUACUAAUCGUGCUAUUUUGUCCGCCAUUAUUAGCAAAUACAUUUAAAAAAUUAAAUGUUUUCGAUUUAAUAUUGAUUUAAAAAUAUUUAUGUAAUUUACAUACAAUUCAAUUGUUUUUAAUGAAUUAUAUCAAUAUAUCGAAUUGCAAUUAAUGAAUAAUAAGUGAUAUUAUUAUUAAUAACUAUUCGGAUUUCAUUUUGGGACGUUAUCUUCGGACACUUCCAUUAUCAUGAAGCUGAUGCGUUGAAGCCACAUCGCCUACUGCGAAUUAGAAAAGCUAAAAAAUAAAACAAAUUUCUAUUUUUAUUUUAAUGUAUUUGCUAAUAUUAGAAGUGUUUUGAUAUUUUUGUGAAUUUUAUGAGAUAUAAUUUACUGUUUAUUUUUGUUAUACUUUAUUGAGAUAAGCAUAGCAAAUAAGAUUAUUUUAUCAAUACUAUGUUACCAAAUAUUGAAUCGUUUAUGACUUUUAAAAUAUUUUAAACAAAUUUCCCUUUGUCACUGGUCAUGUCAUUUUUUUAUUGUCUGUUUAUCGUUUGUAUCAACAGAUUAUCAUUGAAAUAAAACAAUAUAUUAUAUAACAUAAGUAUCAAUUGAAGAUAAAACCUUAGGUGCUUGUGAUAUGCCCUCAGCAUCACUUCAAUCUUUGAGUUUCUGUUCGCCACACAUCACAGUAGCUUUUUUAAUGUGCAAUAAUAUAAGUUCGCAUUUAAUGUGUUAAGAAAAAAAAUGUUAGAAACAUAUGACAUGUUGAAAUCUUAAAAAUUAAAUAAUUGACAUUA